UCUCGGGGGUCAGAACCAUCACCGGAGAACAGCCAAGAUGUUGAGACUGGUGAUCCUAGUGAGCCUUGCCCUGUUCGGGUACUGCGCAGAAGACGAACGAGUUGUUGGAGGAGUCGAGGUGCAGCGUAAUUCCUGGCCCUGGCAGGCCUCUGUGCAAGGCUGGAUUUCCUAUUGGUAUCACACAUGUGGUGGGAGUCUGAUCCGACCCAGAUGGGUGUUGACAGCGGGUCACUGUGUCAGGGAAGGGAGAACAUACCGUGUGGCGUUGGGAGACCACAACAUUUAUGAGGAUGAUGGGACCGAGCAGUACAUAUUUGUCCAGAGUUUUAUUGUCCACGAUGGCUGGACUGGCGAACUCUCCAUUGGGAAUGACAUUGCUUUGCUUUACCUGGAACAAGAUGCCGUCCUAAACAGCUACGUGCAACUUGGAGCCCUGCCUGCGGCUGGGGUAACCCUGCCAAACAACUACCCAUGUUACGUCACUGGCUGGGGCCUCACUCAAGAUGGUGGCAGUGUCACCUCAAUCCUUCGAGAGGCUGCUAUUUUAGUCGUUUCCUAUGAAGUGUGCACCACAAAUGACUGGUGGGGCUCCUACGUCAAUGAAAAGAUGGUGUGUGCUGGCGGGGAUGGUAUUGUUGCCGGCUGUCAGGGCGACUCUGGAGGACCUUUGAACUGUGAGAGUGACGGGACGUUCUAUAUCCACGGAGCGACCAGCUUCAUUUCAGCAGCGGGAUGUGAUACCUACAUGAAACCUACUGUUUGGACUCGAGUCUCGUACUACAUCGACUGGAUCAACCAGAAAAUCGAAUCGUACGCGGGGUGAAGUGGUUCCCAACACCAAGAGCUCCGGCCUCAACACUUGCAGCGACAAUCCACCCUCACUUAAUAAACUGCAUUGGAAACACAA